AAGAUAACACAACCAACACCACACAACAAACAAACACGUACAUAUAUUUAUUCUCACAAGGACGCGUACUGCUGCCUGUCAAAGGCUAGCAAAUAAUUAUAUAUAUGAUGGCCGAUCAUUUGGACGAACCGCCACAGAAGCGGGUCAAAAUGGAUCAAACGGAUCUGUACUUUCUGGAGGACAAUCUGCCCGAUGAGCUGGUGUCCUCCAACAGUGGCUGGUCGGAUCAGCUGAACACUGGUGGCGGCGGCGGUGGCGGUGUUGGCGGCGUUGUAUCCACAGCCAGCGGCGUCGUUGGCGCUGGUGGACCAAACAAACCAGCUACUCAGGGACCUGGUCCAGGCGUCGUGCCACCACAGAUGAACGGAGCCGGUGGCGGCGGUGACGAUGGCAGUGGUAAUGGCGGCAGUGGCGCUGCCGGCAGUCAACUUCGUCAGCUACAGCACCAUCAGCAUCUGCAACAGUUGCUGCAGCACCAGCAACAGGGCAACAAAGGCGCUGGCGGCGGCAUGGUGGUGCCGGGCAUGAAUCAACUGGGCAGCAAGUCGCCCAACCUGCAAUCGCCCAACACGGCUGGCAUGCAGGUGGCCACACAGAUGGGCAUGGUCAACUCAAUGCCCAUGUCCAUAUCGAAUAAUGGCAACAACGGCAUGAAUUCCAUACCAGGCAUGAACAGCAUUGCGCAGGGCAAUCUAGGCAACAUGGUGCUGACGAAUAGCGGCGGCAUGGGCACCAUUGGAGGCGCCGGCCUAGUCAACACACUGAAGCAGCCAGGCGGAGCAUCCAUGAUGAGCACCGUGCCCGGCUCGGUGGGCGUGAGCUCGGUGACCGGCGCAGCGCCCAGCCAGGGUAUGCAUAUGCAGAAUGGACCGAUGAUGGGGCGUAUGGUUGGGGGACAGCAGCAUCUGCUGCGAGGCCCGCACUUGAUGGGCGGCGGAGCUGGCGGUGGCAAUGGACCGGGUGGCGUAGUCGGAGCCGGCGGCGGCCCCCGCAUGCAAAACCCGAACAUGCAGCUGGGCCAAAUCAACAAUAUGCCCUAUGGAGUCGGCAACUAUGGUGCACCCGGCAGCAACAACACGCAGCUGCUCGCGCAGCAGAUGGCGCAGCGAGGCGCUGGUGGCGUCGGUGGGGUUGUGGCGCCCAACAUGAGCGCCGGUAUGGCCCAGGCAAAUCGACCUAUUGGCACCGUCGUGCCCAUGUCCAAUCUUGGCGGCGAUGGUGCGCCUCCAGGCGCCGGUGGACUCGUUGGCAACACGCAGCAACAGCAACAGCAACUGGCCGCGGCGAAUGCGCAAAUGAAUUCCCAGCAGCAGCAGCAGCAACAGCCACCAGGCGUGCAACAGGGCGCCAUGGGGCCACGUGCGCCACAGCCUAACCAACUGCUAGGGCACUCUCAGCAACAGCAGCAACAGCAGCAGCCCGGAACAUCUCAACAACAGCAAGCAAUAGCGUCAGGCGUGGCAUCGUCCGUAAGCGUGGCAGCGCCAGCGCCAGCGUCAAGCAACAUGACGGACGAGCGCAAGAAGCAAAUCCAGCAGCAGCUGAUGCUCCUGCUGCACGCGCACAAGUGCAACAAGCGAGAGAACAUGAAUCCCAACCGCGAGGUCUGCAGCGUCAACUAUUGCAAGGCCAUGAAGGCCGUCCUGGCGCAUAUGGCCACGUGCAAGCAGAGCAAGGACUGUCCAAUGCAGCACUGCACCUCGUCGCGCCAGAUACUGCUCCACUACAAGACCUGCCAGCGUUCCGAUUGCAUCAUUUGCUCUCCCUUUCGGCAGAACAAUUCGCUCUUUCAGAAUGCCAGCGGCGGUGGAGGCGGCGGUGGAGCGGCUGUAGCGCCCAAUGCGUCACCGCUGCAGCAACAGCAACAGCAACAACAGCAGCAGCAGCAGCAGCUUCCGCAGGGCCAGCAGCAGGUGCCGCAGAAUCCGUCUGGCGUAGGAGUCGGAGUCGGAGGUGGUGUCGGAGUCGGAGGUGGUGUCGGUGUCGGAGUCGGAGUCGGUGUGGACACCAAACAAGUGGCGCAGAGCGCUGGAACUUGCGGCGCUCCAAAUACGGCAAUUGUCCUGCCGCAGCAACAAGCGGCCGGCGCGUCCAACGUGCCCAAGGGCAACACAGACAUGGGACAGCAACAACAGCAGCAGCAUCAGCAGGUGCAACAGCAGGAGCUGCGGCGAUUCGAAGGAGUCGGCAGCAUAGGCCAAGUAGGGCCGGUACCAGCCGGCAUGUUGGGCGCGCCCGGACAAGGCAUGGCACCUGGAAUACGAAUGCAGGGCGCUCCGUCGGUGCGUGUGCUCGGCGUGCAGCCCGGCCAGCCAGGCAGUACAAUGGCGUCCGGCGGUGUGCCCGUACCAGUGGCUGUGCCCGGCCAGAACGUCCUGCCCGGUGCCAACGACGUCGGCAGUUUGCAGCAGCAGCAGCAGCAGGCGGCGCAAGCUGCUCAGCAGAGUGGACAGCUGAUGCUGCAGGGAUGCAACACUGGCACUGGUGGACGCAGACGCGCGCUCCAAAACAUGGUGGAUCAGCAGCAGCAGCCCAACGCGCAGCAGCAGAGCGUACAGCAGCAGCAGCAGCAGCAAUUGGGCAACAUUCCAGCGCCACUUUCCGUCAACGUUGGCUUCAACAAUGCCAAUUUCGUUGGCGUUGGCGAUAAGCAGCAACAGCAGCAGCAACAACAACAACAGCAGCAACAGCUGGUUGGCCAGUCCGACCAGAUGACCAAGCUGAAGCUACAGGCCCAGGCGCAGGCUCAGGUGCAGGCGCACGUCAAUGUCGUCUCGGCUGGCGGUGCGCCAGGCAGCGGCAACAGCGCGUCUGGCGGCGCGAGCGUCCUGAUGCCGGCGGACACGACAGGCGGCGCCAACAGCGCGUCGGCUGGGUCCAAUACGGUGGGCACUGGAGCGGGCGGUGCUGCGGGCGGCGGUGCGCCUGGCAACGGCAGUGACAGCGAGAAGGACUGGCGUGAGUCGGUCACUGCGGACCUGCGCAACCAUCUCGUGCACAAGCUGGUGCAGGCGAUAUUUCCGACCUCAGAUCCGACCACGAUGCAGGACAAGCGCAUGCACAAUCUGGUCACGUACGCUGAGAAGGUGGAGAAGGACAUGUACGAGAUGGCCAAGAACCGUUCUGAGUACUACCACCUGCUGGCCGAGAAGAUCUACAAGAUACAGAAGGAGCUGGAAGAGAAGCGGCUCAAGCGCAAAGAGCAGCACCAGCAGCAGCUGCUCCAGAUGCAGCAAGGUGGCCCCAACAGCAGUGUCGUCAAUCCGACGUCCGUGCCCAACAACGCGCUGCAGCAGCAGCAGCAGCCAGGCCAGGGUGUGCGUCCCAAUAUUAGUCCGAUGGGCGGCGGUGGGGGUGCCCCGAGUGGCAUGAUGCAACAGCAGAUGCGUCCCCAGGCGCCUGGCAUGGGCGUUGGCGUAGGCGUCGGCCAGCAGCAGCAGACGGCGGCUGGGCAGGCGAACAUGGUUGCUGUGGCGGCGAGCAUGCGUAGUCACUCGCCCGGCGGCAAUAUGCUCGCCAUUCAGCAGCAGCAGCGCAUGCAAUUCCCGCAACAGCAGCAGCCCGGCCAGGGCAACAUGUUGGUCGGACCACCGGGCCCCAGUCCAGGCGGAAUGGUGGCGAAUCCGGUCCUGUCGCCGUUCAACACGCAGCAGACGAUGCAGUCAGCGACGGCGGUGGGCGGCGGCCCGGGCAUCUUAACCAGCCCAGUGCCCGGUCAACAGCAACAGCAGCAACAACAGCAGCAGCAGCAGCAGUUCAUAAAUGCGAAUGGCAGUUCCGGCGCGCAGAAUUCUCAGAUCAGCGAGAUUAUGAAGCAGCGCUUGCUGCAACAUCAGCAGCAGACGAACGCAGCGGCCAUGCUAUUGCCGCAGUCGCCCUUCAACAAUGCCACGCCCAUUCAACAGCCACAGCAGCAACAGCAGCAGCAGCAGCAGCAACAGCAGCAACAACAGCAACAACAACAGCAGCAACAGCAGCAAACAAAUGCCUUCAGUUCACCCAUGCAGCAGAAGACGCAGCCUCCUGGCAGUGUGCUCAACAAUAUGCCACCCACGCCCACCAGUUUGGAUGCGCUGAAUGCGGGCGCAGCGAGCGCUGGCGCCGGCAGCAUUGGCGGCGGUACCGUGGCUGCGCCGAGCCCCUCGCCUAGCUUCAUGUCCAAUGGCCCCAUUGGCACGCCCUCGAACAAUCCGCCCUCUGUUAGCAGUCUGAUGCAGCCGCUGAGCAAUCGAGCAGCAACUCCGCCAUAUAUACCUACCUCGCCGGUGCCGGCGACGAGCGCUUCGGGCCUGACGGCCAGCAGUACGCCCGCAUCGGCAGCAGCAACAUGCUCCAGCAGCGGCAGUGGCAGCAGCACCAGCAGCUCGGCCGUCGUCACAACGACAACGGUGACGACGCCGUUGAGCUGUGCCUCAUCGUCGGGCACGACGCCCACAUCGACGACAACGUCGACGAGCGGCAACGGCAGUGCGACGCCGGCGAGCAGCACCCUGCUGCAGAUGGCACGCAGCAACAGCGAGAACAGUGCACCGGGCCGGGUGAUGAGCAGCUCGAGCAGCCUGUCCUCACAGAUGGCGGCACUGGAGGCGGCGGCGCGUGAUAAUGACGAUGAGACGCCGUCGCCGGCUGGGGCGAACGAUACAAACGGAAGUAAUGGCGGCAGUGGCGGCGGAAUGGCAUCCAAGGGCAAGCUGGACUCCAUCAAGCAGGAGGACGACAUCAAGAAGAAGUUCAUGGACGACAGCUGCGGCGGCAACGGCGACAGCUCGCAAAUGGACUGCUCCACAGGCGGCAAGGGCAAGAAUGUGAACAACGACGGCACCAGCAUGCUGAAGAUUGAAAUUAAGACGGAAGUAGGCGCAGAUGUGAAGCCGAUCAAGUCGGACCCAAUGGACGUGGAUGAAUCGGCCGUCUCCAGUGGCAUUGCCGGCGGCGCCAAUGGCGAUGGGACGAUAGGUGGCAGCGGCGUCGAUAGCAAGGACGACAUCAAUGGUGCUAUUGAUGGCGUUUCCUCGGGACUCGCAGCGGACAUUAAGAUCAAGUCUGAAACGAAGCCCCAUGUGCCUGAGCCUCUGGCACCCAAUGCUGGUGAUAAGAAGAAGAAAUGCCAAUUCAACCCGGAAGAGCUGCGCACAGCCCUGAUGCCCACGCUGGAGAAGCUGUACCGGCAGGAGCCGGAGUCGGUGCCAUUUCGUUAUCCAGUCGAUCCACAGGCGCUGGCCAUACCCGACUACUUCGAGAUCGUAAAGAAGCCAAUGGACCUGGGCACCAUUCGCAGCAACAUACUGAAUGGCAAAUACAGUGAUCCAUGGGAGUAUGUGGACGAUGUCUGGCUGAUGUUCGACAAUGCGUGGCUCUACAAUCGCAAGACAUCGCGUGUCUAUCGUUACUGCACCAAGCUGUCAGAGGUGUUCGAGCAGGAAAUAGAUCCCGUGAUGCAGGCGCUAGGCUACUGCUGCGGCCGCAAAUACACGUUCAAUCCGCAGGUGCUCUGCUGCUACGGCAAGCAGCUGUGCACGAUACCGCGCGACGCCAAAUACUACAGCUACCAAAACAGUCUAAAGGAAUACGGUGUCGCCUCAAAUAGAUACACGUUCUGCCAAAAGUGCUUUAAUGACAUACAAGGAGAUACUGUUACUCUGGGCGAGGAUCCGCAGCAGUCGCAAACCCAAAUCAAAAAGGACCAAUUUAAGGAGAUGAAGAACGACCACUUGGAGCUGGAGCCAUUCGUGGACUGCCAGGAGUGCGGACGCAAACAGCAUCAGAUCUGCGUGCUUUGGCUCGAUUCGAUAUGGCCGGGCGGCUUUGUAUGUGAUAACUGUCUGAAGAAGAAGAAUUCCAAACGAAAGGAGAACAAAUUCAACGCCAAGCGCCUGCCCACCACCAAGCUGGGCGUCUACAUCGAGACGCGCGUGAACAAUUUCCUCAAGAAGAAGGAAGCCAGCGCCGGCGAGGUGCACAUACGUGUGGUGUCCUCCUCGGACAAGUGCGUGGAGGUGAAGCCGGGCAUGCGACGGCGGUUUGUGGAGGGCGGCGAGAUGAUGCAGGAGUUCCCAUAUCGGGCGAAGGCCCUGUUUGCCUUUGAAGAAGUGGAUGGCAUCGACGUCUGCUUCUUCGGCAUGCACGUCCAGGAGUAUGGGUCCGAGUGCCCGGCGCCAAAUACGCGGCGCGUCUACAUUGCCUACCUCGAUUCAGUGCACUUCUUUCGGCCACGCCAGUAUCGCACGGCAGUCUACCAUGAGAUUCUGCUGGGCUACAUGGACUAUGUGAAGCAGCUGGGCUACACGAUGGCGCACAUUUGGGCGUGUCCGCCUUCUGAGGGCGAUGACUACAUAUUUCAUUGUCAUCCGACGGAUCAGAAAAUACCCAAGCCGAAGCGCCUGCAGGAGUGGUACAAGAAGAUGCUGGACAAGGGCAUGAUUGAGCGCAUCAUACAGGACUAUAAGGACAUACUUAAACAGGCCAUGGAAGAUAAGCUCGGCUCGGCCGCGGAGCUGCCCUACUUUGAGGGCGACUUUUGGCCCAACGUGCUGGAGGAGAGCAUCAAGGAGCUCGACCAAGAGGAGGAGGAGAAGCGCAAACAGGCGGAGGCAGCCGAAGCAGCUGCCGCAGCUAACCUUUUUUCAAAUGAUCUGCAGCUCUUUUCUAUUGAGGAUAACGAGGUUAGUGGCGACGGCAAAAAGAAAGGCCAAAAGAAGGCCAAAAAGUCAAACAAGUCCAAAGCAGCACAGCGUAAGAAUAGCAAAAAGUCGAACGAGCAUCAGUCGGGCAACGAUUUGUCCGCCAAGAUCUAUGCGACCAUGGAGAAGCACAAAGAAGUCUUCUUUGUCAUACGCCUACACUCUGCCCAAUCAGCAGCAAGUCUGGCGCCAAUCCAAGAUCCGGAUCCGUUGCUGACCUGUGAUCUGAUGGACGGACGCGAUGCAUUCCUCACACUUGCCCGCGACAAGCACUACGAGUUCUCUUCGCUGCGACGCGCACAGUUCUCCACGCUAUCCAUGCUGUACGAGCUGCACAAUCAGGGCCAGGACAAGUUCGUUUACACGUGCAACAACUGCAAGACGGCGGUCGAGACGCGCUACCACUGCACCGUCUGUGAUGACUUUGAUCUCUGCACGGUGUGCAAGGAGAAGGUCGGACAUCCGCACAAGAUGGAGAAACUGGGCUUCGAUUUGGACGAUGGCUCGGCGCCGGCCGAUCUCAAACAGGCGAAUCCGCAGGAGGCGCGCAAGCAGUCCAUUCAGCGAUGCAUCCAAUCCCUGGUGCACGCGUGCCAGUGUCGCGAUGCCAAUUGCCGUUUGCCUUCCUGCCAGAAGAUGAAGCGCGUCGUCCAGCACACCAAGAACUGCAAGCGAAAGACCAACGGUGGCUGUCCCAUAUGCAAGCAGCUCAUCGCCCUCUGCUGCUACCACGCCAAGCACUGUCAGGAGCAGAAGUGCCCAGUGCCUUUCUGUCCCAACAUCAAGCACAAGCUCAAACAGCAGCAGCUCCAGCAAAAAUUGCAGCAGCAACAGUUAUUGCGUCGCCGCGUCGCUCUUAUGUCGAGGACCGCAGCGCCCGCUGCGUUGCCCGGUCCAGCGGUUAGCGGGCCAGUGGUGGCAAGUGGCGCCGUUGGUGUCGGUGGCCCGGUCGUGGGCAUGUCCGGCGUGGCAGUCAGCCAGCAGGUGAUGUCGGGGCAAGCAGCCAUCAUGCCAGCCGGUGGCGGCGGCAUGAGUCCGUCCACGGUGGCGGUGCCGUCGCCAGUGUCGGGGGCUGUUAUGGCCGGCAUGACAUCGCCACAUCCGCACCAGCCGGGCAUUGGCAUGAAGCCCGGUGGGCACUCGCCGUCGCCGAAUGUGCUGCAAGUGGUGAAGCAGGUGCAGGAGGAGGCAGCCCGUCAACAGGUGCCGCACGGUGGAAGCUUUGGCAAGGGUGUGCCCAUGGCGCCGCCUGUCAUGCAACGGCCAAUGGGCGUAGGCGUGUCGAACCAAGGCGGCAUGGGCGGCAUGGUGAGCAACGUGGGAGGCAAUCAGCUUGCUGGUAAUGUGGGCGUGGUGCCAGGCGGCGGACAACUGCCCAGCGGCGCGAACUGCAACAAUAUUCUGAACGCCAACAAUCUGCUGCCCCUGGAUCAGUGGGGCGGCAGCGGCGGCCCCGGCCAGCAGCGCUACACGAACAACGCGCCCAACCAGCCCGGUAUGCGCCAGCCUAAUCAGCUGAUGCAGCAGAACAUACAGCAGCAGCAGCAGCAGAUGAUGGGCAUGCCGCCCAAUCAGCUGGGCGUCGGAGUAGGAGUCGGAGUUGGAGCCGGGCAGAUGCCCGUUGUGGGCAGUGGUGUGAACAUGGGCGGCGGUGGAGCGCCCCAUGGCAUUGGUAUGGGAGCGCAAAUUGGCGGCGCGGCCUCUGGCGGCGGUGUACGGCCACCCGGAGCUCAAGGCGUGGGCGGAGGUGGAGCUGGCGGUGCGGGACCCAACAUGGGCAAUGGGCCGCCACUCAACACGCAAACACUGGCCCAUAUCAUGCAGAAGAUUAAGAACAAUCCGACCAACGAGAGCAACCAGCACAUACUCAACAUACUGAAGCAGAAUCCCCAGAUUAUGGCGGCCAUCAUAAAACAGCGCCAGCAGAGCCAAAUAAACGCUGCCGCCGGCGGAGCUGGUGGCCCAGCCGGCGCCCUACAGGCGGGCAACGGACCGCAGACCCCGCAGCAGCAGCAACAACAGCAGCAGGUGAUGCAGCAGCAGCAGAUGCAGCACAUGAUGAACCAACAGCAACAGGGGGGACCCGGCCCCGGGCCACAGCAGAUGGGCCCCGGCCAACAGCAGCAAGUGAGCCUAAUGCAGGCCGCACAGCAGCAGCAGCAGGGACCUCCGCAUCAGCGCAUGGCCAACAUGCAGAACACGGCAAUGAUGCUGCCCAAUUUGCCGCCAGGCUCACAAGGAGGCAUGGUGCCCAAUCAGAACUUGAAUAAAAUGCGAUAUAUGCCAAUGAACCAAUAUCCGCCACCGUAUCCACAACGCCAGCGCGGCCCACACAUGGGCGUUUUUGGGCAGCCACCGUUUCCGGGCGGCACAGCUGGGAACUUUAACGCCGGAGGUGGAGGAAAUGUCAGCGGAAUACCAGUAGCGGGUGCAGCUGUGGGCAGCGGUGCGUCCGGGCCCGGCUCUGACCAGUACUCCAUGGCGAAUGCAGCUGCGUCCAACAUGCUGCAGCAGCAGCAAGGCGGCGGCGGCGCAGGUGUCAAGCCCGGUCCGCAACAGCAACAGCAGCAGCAGCAACAGCAGAUGGGCGUCAUGCCUCCGGGCAUGCAGCAGCAACAGCCCAUGCAGCAGCAGCAACAGCAGCAGCAAAUGAUGCAGGUUGUCGCCGCUGGAGGAGGCGGCAUGAGCAGCACAAAUCCGCAAAACACGUUGCCUGGAGGCGGCGGCGGGCCCAGUGGACCCGGAGCUAAUGUGAUGGGUCCGCCCACGCCGCAUACGCUGCAGCAGCAGCUUAUGCAGUCGGCACGUUCCUCUCCUCCAAUACGCUCGCCACAGCCAACGCCCUCGCCGCGCUCGGCCCCGUCGCCGCGUGGACCCUCAGCAUCGCCUCGAGCGCAGCCCUCGCCGCAUCAUGUCAUGAGCAGUCACUCACCGGCGCCCCAAGGACCACACGACGGCCUGCACAAUCAUGGCAUGCACCAUCAGUCGCCGCUGCCGGGUGUGCCCCAGGAUGUGGGCGUGAGUGGAGUGGGUGUCGGUGUUGGGGUCGGCGUUGGCGUCAAUGCCGGCAAUGUGGGCAAUGCAGGUGGCUCCCUGCCCGAUGCCUCUGACCAGCUGAGCAAGUUUGUGGAGAGGCUCUAGUGCAGCAACAAUACCAAUGGCAUCGGCAACGACAACGACCUCAACAGCAACAACAU